UUCGAAUUCCGUGAGGAGAAAGCUGGAACAAGAAGAACCACCCUCCAAAUCGACUCUAGCAAGUUGAUUAUGAAAGUUGGUUGUGAAAGAUAUAUGGAAUGUUUUUUGUCAGGAGUACGUGUAUACAUCGGAUGAUUCACACGUAGUCAAUUAUUUCGACCAAUAAUGACAAAGUGAAUGCAGUAAAAAUAAGGAAAGUUCGUACAAGUGCGGACAGAAAAAUAACAAAAUUCACAAAUUAUUCAAGUUCGGGGAAACUUAUUUGGUGUACAUGUAUCUUAUUUAAGUAGCUCUUCUAUUUGAAGUCGUAGAAGCGAGAGAGCAUGGCGGAUAAUGAGAAUUCAAUACACAACCUCGAGAACGAGGAACGUCAACCUGAGUUGCUUCGCAAGCAAUCUUCGGUGUCGCCAGUGAGCUCUGAACUUGAAGAAAUAUUAUCCAACACAAACUUGUCAUGCUUCCAAAGACUCAAAAAAGCUGCCUUGCUAGAGCUAAAAAUACUCUUUCGGUUGGCAGGGCCAGCAGUUUUUGUUUACUUGCUCAAUAAUGUUGUUUCCAUGUCUACCCAGAUCUUCUGCGGCCAUCUUGGCAAUCUUCAGCUUGCUGCUGCCUCUCUUGGCAAUACAGGAAUCCAAGUUUUUGCAUAUGGCCUUAUGCUAGGAAUGGGUAGUGCAGUGGAAACAUUAUGUGGCCAAGCAUAUGGAGCACACAAGUAUGAGAUGCUGGGAGUGUAUCUUCAAAGAUCGGCAAUCCUUCUUGCGGCAACUGGGAUACCACUUACGAUCAUAUACUCCUUCUCCAAACAAAUCUUGCUCUUACUAGGUGAAUCAAAAGAAAUUGCAUCAGAAGCUGCAAUUUUCGUCUACGGACUUAUUCCGCAAAUAUUUGCCUACGCAGUCAAUUUUCCAAUUCAGAAGUUCUUACAAGCUCAGAGCAUAGUUUUCCCAAGUGCAUACAUAUCUGCUGGAACGCUGGCAGUGCACGUCUUAUUAAGUUGGCUUGCUAUAUACAAACUGGGUUGGGGAUUAUUAGGUGCCUCACUUGUUUUAAGCUUUUCAUGGUGGAUUAUAGUUGCUGCCCAAUUUGUCUACAUUGUUAGUAGCCCAAGAUGCAAGCGAACUUGGACUGGGUUCACUUGGAAUGCCUUUUCAGGAUUAUGGGAUUUCUUAAAAUUGUCUACUGCAUCUGCUGUAAUGCUUUGCCUCGAAAUUUGGUACUAUCAAAUUCUAGUCUUAAUUGCUGGACUGUUGAAAAAUGCUGAGAUUGCCUUGGACUCCCUCUCUAUCUGCAUGGCUAUUGUUGGAUGGGUGUACAUGGUAGCAGUGGGUUUUAAUGCAGCUGCAAGUGUUCGGGUAAGCAAUGAGCUAGGAGCUGGACAUCCCAAAUCAGCAGCAUUUGCUGUUGUGGUCGUGACCUUAAGCUCGUUCCUUAUAGCUUUGAUAUUGGGCAUUGUGGCGCUUGUACUUCGCAAUUACCUGAGCUAUAUCUUCACUAGCGGUACAACAGUUGCUAAGGCUGUGGCAGAACUAUCUCCUUUUCUUGCACUAUCCAUCGUACUAAGUGGUAUCCAACCUGUUUUAUCUGGGGUUGCUGUCGGAUGUGGAUGGCAAGCUUUUGUUGCAUAUGUUAAUGUCGGAUGUUAUUAUUUUGUUGGUAUACCAUUGGGUUGUGUUCUUGGUUUUACUUUCGACUUGGGUGAUAAGGGAAUUUGGUCCGGAAUGUUAGCAGGCACUGUUUUACAGACUCUAAUUUUAUUAUGGUUUACAUAUCGUACCGACUGGAAAAAAGAGGUUGAGAAAGCACAGAAUCGUCUAAAGAGAUGGGAUAACAUUACAGAACCACUUCUGAAGGAAUAACAAGAAAAGAAAGUGAGCUGCACUGCACCCUCAUUGUGUUCGGGAUUUACUUUGCAUUGGCAUGGCAUCAAGAAUAUCAAGCUACCUGCAUGCUGAAGAUAUCAUAAAUUUUACCAUCUUUCCUUUUCAAGCCCCAACUCAGUAAAUCUCACCAUUAAUUUACUGAAAAUGACCUCCUUGGGUUGCUUCUUUUCAUCUAACGGUGGAAUUUUCAGGGCUUUGCUUCUUCUUUUCUUCUUCUCCUUCUUCUUCCUCUUCUUCAUCAUCAUUAUUAUUAUUAUUAUUUACCUCU